AGAACCCACAGACCACCUCAAACUAAAAUUGAAAACAUUCUAAGCAGUUAGGGACAGAGGAUGAUGCCAAGUUUUGAGAUUUACACAAGAUUUAUCCCUUUUCUCACACUUUGUUAAGCAAACAGACAGACAUCACAAUAACAGGAAAAAGGAGAAGGAGGCUAGAUUUGGGGCUUAGCUUCUCCCUGUUGGAUUGGAAUUGGAUUGAGAUUGAGGUUCAUUUCAUCCUUCUUUCUCUCUCCUCACUUUUUCUUCUUCCCUACCAGCCUUAAUCACCACAACCACUGUUCAUUUCAAACUUGCUUUUCCUUUACUCUCUCUCUCACUCACUGUUUUCCUUGGUUACAAAACCAUGCCUCCUUUCCAGCUUGCUCUGCUCCUUCUCUCCUCCUCAUGUACAACAAUACCCACCAACCAAAAUCCAACCUUUCUUUCUCUCUCCUCUAAAUUCUCCUCACUCUCUCUCUUCCCCUGCAAUUUUCCUCCAUCAAGAUAAGAUUUUUACCUGGCAUUCCCUUCCAUGUUUCGUUUUUUAACAUCUUAGCCUCUGAGGUUUUGCUUUUCCUUCACUGUGGCCCACUUUUUACCAACUGGGGUGCCACUGUUUCAUCUGGGUUUUGUUGUAGGGGUAGAAGAUCCAGCAGGGUAGCUAGCUAAGCUACCUUAGAUCAACACAAAGGUAGGAAUGCCUUGAUUUUGCUAGCUGAAGAACUCGGGGGACAUAGUUGAUUGAGUUGUAGCGAGCGAUUAUGUCAUCCAACAGUUCUCUGAAUGUUCAAUUGUCUAAGACUUCGAUAUUGGGUUUGAAACGAUGGGUUUUGAUUGGGAUAGGUGUUGGUGCAUUUAUAGUGCUGAUUCUUUGUAUAAUAUCUAUAUGGGCGAUGUUUCGGAGAAAGUCUAGGAGAUCUCUGGAGAAGUACUCUAUAUCCCAGAUACCAAAUGUCUCAAAAGAUAUUGAUGUCGACAAGGUUGGAGUGCAGGGUUCUCAUGUGCAACCAGAUAAUAUUUUUAUUCCUGUUCAUGACAAGGAAAAUGAUAAUAAUUCAGGUAAGGUAUCGGUUCAUUAUGGGAUGAGCAAGUCCGGUGAUCAUGAUAAUGCCAGCCAGUGUAGUUCAAAUUAUCAUCACGAGAGAAGAUUUAGUUCAAUGUCAGGGGAAGAAGGAAGCUCUGGGAAUGGUAUGAAGCAAUCUACAUUGUCACAUGGAGGGCUGGUGACUGCCUCUCCUUUAAUUGGCUUGCCAGAAUUUUCUCAUCUCGGAUGGGGCCACUGGUUUACACUUAGAGAUCUGGAACGAGCCACCAGUCGUUUCUCUGCUGAGAACAUUAUUGGAGAGGGUGGAUAUGGGAUUGUUUACAGGGGUGUGCUGGUCAAUGGAACCGAGGUGGCAGUGAAGAAACUUCUUAACAACUUGGGACAGGCGGAGAAAGAAUUUAGGGUUGAAGUGGAGGCUAUAGGCCAUGUUAGACAUAAGCAUCUUGUACGCCUGCUUGGAUAUUGUUUGGAAGGUGUUCACAGGAUUCUGGUAUAUGAGUAUGUGAACAACGGUAACUUAGAACAAUGGUUACAUGGGGAAAUGCGCCAACAUGGGACACUAACCUGGGAGGCCCGCAUGAAAGUUAUGCUUGGCACAGCCAAAGCGCUUGCUUACUUACAUGAAGCAAUAGAACCAAAAGUUAUUCACCGGGAUAUAAAGUCUAGCAACAUAUUGAUUGAUGAUGAGUUCAAUGCAAAGGUUUCUGAUUUUGGUUUGGCCAAACUUUUGGACUCUGGAGAAAGUCACAUAACUACUAGAGUAAUGGGAACAUUUGGCUACGUGGCACCAGAAUAUGCUAAUAGUGGUUUGUUAAAUGAAAAGAGUGACAUUUAUAGCUUUGGUGUCCUUCUACUGGAAUCAGUUACUGGAAGGGACCCUGUAGAUUAUGCGCGUCCUGCAAAUGAGGUUAAUCUUGUUGAGUGGCUCAAGAUGAUGGUUGGGUCAAGGAGGGCUGAAGAAGUUGUGGACUCAAGCCUUGAAGUUAAACCAUCAGCUCGUGCUUUAAAGCGCGCCCUUCUCGUUGCACUUAGGUGUAUUGAUCCUGAUGCGGACAAGAGGCCCAAAAUGAGUCAAGCUGUAAGGAUGCUCGAAGCUGACGAAUAUCCAUUUCGAGAGGAUCGAAGAAAUAGAAAGAGUGGCUCUACCAGUAUGGAGAUUGAAACAGUGAAGGAUAUUUCUGCUCCAUCUGAUGCUGAAAAGGCAGGGCAUUCUUAAAGCUACAUGCCUGAAACAACUCAAGGAUAGGAUUGAAAACCCCUUAACUUCACCUCAUGUACAAUUUCUGUUGUACUCAUUUCAGUAACUAUAUCUAUACCAUGUAUCUCCCAAGUUUGUGACCUUGAGAAAAUUUUGCUGCAUCUGAGAAGAGAGUGGGAUAAGAGAGAGCCAUUUGGACAAUGAAUUUUUCUUUUUUCGGUUAAAUUCAAUGGGACCAUUUAAUAUAUGGUACGCCAACUUUGCAGAGAGGGUAGUGUCUGUGAUAGUAUUAAUGUUGUACAGAUGUCAGCUGGUCCCAUGUUUUUCUUACAUGAUUGUUAAUUUAUUUUUCACCCUUCGGCUA